CUCUUGAUUGGCCAUAGCUUUCCGAGCGGCCGUUGCUCAUCGUUCCUUUCCUUUCGGCGUCAGGUCUGUGGCGAGAGAGAGAGAGAGCGAGAGAGGAGGGAAGGAGAGGCGCCAUUGCCGCCACGAUGACGUUCAAGCGGAGCCGGAGCCGCUUCUACAGCACUCGCUGCUGCGUUUGUUGCCACGUCCGUACCGGGACUAUCAUCCUGGGCACCUGGUAUAUGGUAGUGAAUCUUCUAAUGGGCAUUUUGCUGACAGUUGAAGUGACUCAUCCUAAUACCGUGCCAACAGUUGAUAUUCAGUAUGAAGUUAUUGGUAACUACUACCCAUCGGAGAGAGUGGCAGAAAAUGCAUGUGUUCUCUUUGCCAUCUCUCUCCUCAUGUUCACAAUCAGUGCUAUGAUGGUGUAUGGAGCCAUUGCUCAUCGGGUUGGCUGGCUGAUUCCAUUCUUCUGUUACCAGCUUUUUGACUUUGUUCUCAGUUGUUUGGUGGCUAUAAGUUCUCUGACAUACCUUCCAAGAAUAAAGGACUAUCUGGAUCAGCUACCAGAAUUCCCAUACAAAGAUGACCUCCUUUCUCUUGAUUCAAGCUGUCUUCUAUUCACGGUUCUGGUGUUCUUUGUCUUUAUCAUCAUCUUAAAGGCUUAUCUAAUUAACUGUGUUUGGAACUGCUAUAAAUAUAUCUGCAACCGAAACAUGCCUGAAAUAGCAGUAUACCCUGCAUUUGAAGCACCUCCACAGCAUUCAGAAGCAAUGCAGCAAAUGAAAACUAUAUCUUCUUCAGAGCUUUGCAUUUCUCCAGAAGUCACAGAAGCUAAAAUGCUGUAUGUCCUGCCUACUUAUGAAAUGGCAGUGAAGAUGCCAGAAAAAGAACCUCCUCCUCCUUACCUACCUGCCUGAAGAUUCAAAACAUGUUGAAACACCUCUACCAGCUUCAUUUUUAUACUGUGAGACUGCUUAAGUAUUCAGGGCUUUAGGAGCAACGCUAUGGUUGAGAGGCAUUUGAUAUAACCUUACUAAACAAAAUCCAUCUGGGAGUGAUUUGAUUUCUCCCCCACCCUUGUGGUAGUUUAAUUUUAUUGAUCUCUUUAAUCUUCCAAGCAAUUGUUGCCUUCUGCAAGCACCUCUGUCUCUGUAUAUAAUUUCAUUCAUAUUUGUUGGUUCAUUUAUCUUGGGUGAGUGAGAAUUAGUUGUUCACAGCAUCAUUUGUUUCACCAGUGUAAAUCAAUUCUGAAAGACAAUCAAACAGGUGGCAAGACAACCACUUGCUUCUUUUUCUUAUUUUCUUAAGAGUGGGGAAGGGAGUUCAAAAUGUGGUAUAGACUAACAUAUGUGUAUUUACUUGGCACUUUCUUCUUUAUCUUACCUUUCUUCUGUUUAUCCAAUGCCUUGAAAUGCUGUUUCCAGGAAACCUGAAGUUGGCACUACGGUUGGGAGUUUUUACCAUACGCUGUGAAUGCAGGAAAAGUGCUCACAGUAACUACAUUUGUGA